ACGCUAGUCAGCAGCUGUCGAGGUCCAACCUCAAUUCCCUUGAGUUGGGCAAACACGUGGACGUUUGAAAAGGAUUAAGUAGAUGUGCCAAUAAUAGGGGAAUUCGUAAGUGGCCUGCCUCGAAUGAAUCAUUAAUUUGGUGGUUUCUGUAGCAUCCUAGCUGAAGGGUUGCUGGGAAAUAGUCGAAUGACACAGAGAACGCUGGGCUGCAGAAAAACAACAGGUUUUUUUUUUCUUGGAGAUAGUUUGGCCAGGGGACAUUUGUAAGAAGCCUUCGUCUUUCUGGAGACCGCUGAGACAGGCUGAACAAAUUGCGGAGUUAUGAAUCCCGUAGUGGAAGCGUUUGCCUUCUUCCUGGGCUUUCUGGGAUGGCUGAUGGUCGGGAUCGCCCUUCCGAAUCGAUACUGGAGAGUGUCGACGGUGGACGGUAACGUUAUCACCACGUCCACCAUCUACGAGAAUCUCUGGAUGUCCUGCGCCACCGACUCGACGGGAGUUCACAACUGCCGCGAUUUUCCUUCCUUGCUCGCACUCAGCGGGUACUUACAAGCCUCUCGAGCACUAAUGAUUGCCGCAAUUGUGUUCGGGACGUUGGGGCUCGUGGGGACUCUGGUUGGAAUGCAGUGCUCGAAGAUCGGAGGAGACAACUACGUUCUGAAGGGGAGGAUUGCCGCAAUCGGAGGGGUGUUCUUCCUACUACAGGGCAUGUGCACCAUGAUUGCUGUGUCUUGGUAUGCAGCCAACAUCACACAGGAGUUCUUUGACCAGUUCUACGCAGGGACAAAGUACGAGAUCGGAGAAGGUUUGUACAUCGGCUGGUCCUCGGCCGUACUCGCCCUGUGUGGAGGCGGAUGUCUGAUAUGUACGUGCAGUUUUAAUGAGCCGGGUGAAAAAAGGCCUUACCCAUACCAGCCGUCCUCCAGGGGACGCGCGCUGUCCACUACAUCCCGGUCUGCCCCCAGCAACUACGGAAGAAAUGCGUACGUGUGACAAGCAAGGAGAGUUGAACUCAAAACCGCAUUUUCAACAGGAAGACGUGAUCGAAUAUUGAAACUUUUUGUUUUUUUUCCUUUAACUCCUUCUCAACUAUAACUUGUAACAUUUAUGCAUUGUGAUCUUUAUUCCAAUAUAGUACUGUAUGUAUAACAGGACAAUAGAGCAGUAAAGAUAACAGUAUCUUUAGAGCAAUGACAACAUGAUGAGUGCUUGAAUACAAAGACUUUUGUGCAUUAGCAACAUUAUUGAAACAAUAGCGAGAUGCAGUUAGAAAUAGCUGUUGUCCCAGCAAGUGAUUCUGCUAAGACAUGAUCAGGAUCAUAACAAAAUCAUUCACUUUGUAGUUUUUUUUUUUUUUAACACAAAAAGUAAGUAGAAAGGGUGUGAGGUCAUGACAUAUUCUACAAUCCAUCACUUCCAGCAGUUGUGAUAUGAUAUAAAUAUCCUGCCUUAAUGUAUGUUAUCCCAACAACGCUAACAUAACAAGGCUCCGCCCCCCAAACGACAACAAAAAUCUGAAUCAUUGUGAAUUUUAUGUAUUUGGGAAAACAUAUUUAUGGCAUAUCGCUUUCAUCUGGGGGGGGGGGAAGACACUUGUGCUUCUGUAAUUCGUAUUGUUU